AUGGAUAGCAGACAAGAAAUUCUGGGGCAUAACAGUUCCGAAGACAUACGCUGGCUCUGUAACCUAUCAGAAUCUGAGCUGGAUAUGUUAAUUAGGUUAAAAUCACUAAUUCUCCAUCGCGCAACAGUAAUCGGUCAAGAUGAACUCGCCAAGAAUUUCGAUUUGCCCACGCUUCGAGCCAUCGGAAAGGUUAAAGAUUUAUCACACGUUCAAGGCUUAACCAAGCUUGCUGCAUUCCCAGAAUGUUGCAAUCUAUUAAAAGGUAAUACUGGGGACAAUUCCAGUAUUGAAGAGCUGAAGGCAUGUAUUGGUAUUGAUGAACGAAAAAGACCAACCAAAAGAGGCAACCAAACAGAAGAAACAGAGAUUAUGACAUUGUGUAAGCCAAUUGAAGGAUCACAGUUGGUUAACAGCAGUCUCACCAAUUUCUUAGAGGAAGCAGACGCUUCUGAUGAUGUUAUUGCUUCACAUGAAAAAGUAGUUAACUAUUUCCCAACCCAAGUAGACAUACUUUGGUUCAACAAAAUUAAAGAUAAUGGAGAGCCACUCUUGUCGAAUUUCUGUAGGCAAGAGAGGGAGACCACUGACCACUAA